UUUAUAUAGUUUAUGUUCGAUCGAUAUCUCCUCGAUCAAUUAAUUAUUAAAUAUUAUUAUUAUUAAUUAAUUGUCGUUUCGUUUUGUUAAAAUAAAUCAAUGAUAAAAAUGAAGAGAAGAAAUCUUCCUUUUCAUUGGUUCUUCGGAUGAAGAUCUUACGCUACGCUAGUAAUAACACCAUUGUAGAUUGGCGUAAUAGUUCGAAUACCACGUGUCUCUGAUAUUUUGUUUGAAUUUAAAGUCUUUUUAUAAAUGAAUGAAAAGUAAGAUAUUUUAAUGAAACAUGACAACGUUUAAAAUACAUAAUGUUAGAUUUUAUAAUCUUGAGCCUAAAUCUGCUACUUGCUUGUGUCACGAACCAAAAACGAAGAAAUUAGCACUUGCCAGAAACGAUAAUUCGAUAGAGGUAUGGAACGUUGGGAAUGCACCGUUUGUCGAGUGUACAAUCCUUGGUCAUUCUGAAAAUUCUGUGGAAAGCAUUCUUUGGAUCGGUUCAAGACUUUUCUCGACUGGUCUUCAUGGUCUAAUCGUGGAAUAUAAUUUAAUCACAUUGGGAAUGAAAUAUAAGGUAGCGGUCACAGGUGGAGCAGCAUGGUGUAUGGACGUUAAUCAGCAAAAAACACUUAUUGCCGUUGGUACAGAGGAUGGAUACAUUAAUACGUUUUCCAUCGCAGAAGAUACAUUAAUUUAUGAACGGAUAUUUGACAAACAAAAAGGUAGAAUUCUAUGUAUUAAAUGGGACAACACAGGAGAAAUGAUAUAUACUGGAUCCACGGAUACCAUUAGAGUUUGGAGCGCUGUUUCAGGCCAUGCAAUUCAUAAAAUGACUACUUCUAGAACGGAAGCGAAAAAAGAAACUAUCGUAUGGUGUCUCGCGGUGACAGACGAUAAUCUAAUUAUUUCUGGGGACUCUCGUGGUUAUUUGUCCUUUUGGGAUCCUCAUAUGGGUACUUUAAUCGAGUCCCAUGAAAGUCAUACCGCCGACAUAUUGGCAGUGACAUUGUCUCAUGAAAAAAAUGUUGUUUAUUGUGCGGGAGUUGAUCCUGUCGUACGAAGUUUCUGUAAAGUUACUUUAAAAUCUAGUGGAAAACCACAGUGGGUAAAGGGUAUCGAAAGGAGAUUACAUUCUCAUGACGUUAGAGCAUUGGUAGAGGCAGAUGGUAAAUUAUAUUCUGCCGGAGUAGAUGGUUAUUUAGCUCAGUCGAGUUAUCCUCCAAAAAUAUUAGUGAAAUAUCCACCUUUACUUCAGCCACCUUCCGUUAUUCUAUGUAAGAGGUCUAGAUGUGUAUUGUUGUGUUAUACCAAUUAUCUUGAAUUAUGGAGACUCGGAUCGUCGGUCAAAGCUUCUUCAGAAUCUGUAAAAGUGGGCACGUUACACCAAUUAGAUGAAGAACCUAUAAAAUUAUUAGAACUUAAAACAAAAGGAGUUGAAAGUAUUUUAUCUUGUGCCAUUAGUAAAGAUUCAAAAACAAUUGUCUAUUCAACGGAUACCCAUGUCAGAGUAUUCAAUUUUGACGUAGUAGAGGGAGACGCUCUCUUAUUAAGAAAUGAUACCGAUAUAUCUGCGAACAGAAUACAGAAAAUGUUGUUCAGCCAUAAUGGUAAACUAUUAGCGACAAUUAACAACGAUGGGAAAGAGAACGUAGUAACAUUAUACAAGUUGAAUAAGAAAAGCUUGAGGCACAUUGGAUCAUUCCAAACAACGAAUGAAUCUAUUGUAAAUGUUAGCCUUGUAUGUUUUUCACCAGAUAGUAAAUAUUUAAUAUGUGCGGAUCGCCGAAGCAGUAUUGCAGUAUAUAAAGUCGAUGGAGAUCUUACGCAAGAAUCUCUUCAACCGUGGCAGCUACCUAAGUACAGUUGUCCACCAACAGCUAUGGCCGUGCAAAAAGGUACACUAAACCUCGUCAUUGUAUACUCCGAUCAUAAGAUCGUCGAAUAUAAUAUACCCAGAAAACAGUACACCCAAUUUUCAAAUAGCUUGCAAAGUCGUAUUCCGAAACAAUGGUUGGCACGUCCGUUUCCAAUAAUAAAUAUUUGUUUUGAUCCAUACAAUGAGAACAUUAUAAUAAUGCAUGAUGAUUCUACGGUAUAUAUAAUAAAUAAAGCGAAUGAAUUGCCAGAAAAAGAGGCGAAAAUACCAAAAUGUGAAAAUGGCGAUAUCACGGAAGAUAGCAGCUCUGCAUUAAGUUUGCAAUCGCAACAUGCUUUCAAAGUUGCCAAAAAGUAUAAGCACCUUGUCUAUUUGAGCUGGUUGAACAAUGAAGAAAUGGUCGCGGUCGAAGUUAAUCCAAUUGCAUUGACAGAGAAAUUACCACCGACUUUAAAACAGAAGUGGUUCAGCGUAUAAACGGGGAAAAAACCGACGAUACAGUACAAUUGAAAACGUCAUUUUUUAUAAGGUUUUUCGACAUUUUAAAAUGCAUUUACACAUUAAACGAAUCGUGAGAGUCGUA